UGCUCAGGAACUCAAUCCAGCCAGGUCUUCCCAGAGCUGAAACCUGGGCCCCUCUCACCCCUUCAGGAGCCCCCCCCCCACCAGGGCCCUCCGAUGCCAAGUAGCUGGAACUGCCAGGGAGGGGAAGCGGGGGAGGCAGAGGACAAAGCUGGAGGAGGCGUAGGUGGACAGUAGGAAGGACCUGGCCCAUGCUCUGCCAGGCUUGCCGCUCCCGUCCCUGUCUCCCUAGCCCCAUCUGUGUACCCAGGAGGCUGGCCUGGGUGGUCGCUCCUGAUAGGAAUGGACAAGAGCAAGGGACCCUCAGACUCCAGAACCCCCUAGCUAGGGGUCCCCUUGCUGGAGAGGGACUUUUUCCACCACAGGGACCCCGCGCGGAGCCUGGAGCAGGGGCCAGAGGGGCCAGGAACGCCCAUCCAGGUGGUACUCAGAGUGCGUCCCAUGAGCGCGGCGGAGCUGCGUCGAGGGGAACAGAGCGCGCUGCACUGCUCGGGGACCCGGACUCUGCAAGUGAGCCCCCCCGGCGGCGGCCCCGACGUGGCGUUCCGCUUCGGCGCCGUGCUGGACGGGGCGCGCACGCAGGAGGACGUGUUCCGGGCGUGCGGCGUGCGGCGUCUGGGCGAGCUGGCGCUGCGCGGCUUCUCCUGCACUGUCUUCACCUUCGGCCAGACCGGCUCCGGGAAGACCUACACCCUGACCGGGCCUCCUCCGCAGGGCGAGGGGGUGCCCGUACCCCCCAACCUAGCCGGCAUCAUGCAGAGGACCUUUGCUUGGCUGUUAGACCGGGUGCGGCACCUGGGAGCCCCUGUCACCCUCCGCGCCUCCUAUUUGGAGAUCUACAAUGAGCAGGUUCGAGACCUACUGAGCCUGGGAGCUCCCCGGCCUCUCCCUGUUCGCUGGAACAAGACCCAGGGCUUCUAUGUGGAGCAGCUGCGAGUGGUGGAGUUCCGGAGUCUGGGGGCCCUGAUGGAACUGAUGCAAAUGGCAAACCACAUCCCCCUGCCCCUUCGGACCUCCAGACCCUUCCAGCUUGUUGAAGGUCUUAGCCGUCGACGGAGCUCAGCGCACAGCCUGAACCAGGCCUCCAGCCGAAGCCAUGCCCUGCUCACGCUCUACAUCAGCUGCCAAACCAUGCCUCCAGUGGACCCUGGGGAGCCCCCCGUUGGUGGGAAGCUGUGCUUUGUAGACCUGGCCGGCAGUGAGAAGGUGGCGGCCACGGGAUCCCGUGGGGAGCUGAUGCUUGAGGCAAACAGCAUCAAUCGCAGCCUGCUGGCCCUGGGUCACUGCAUCUCCCUGUUACUGGACCCACAGCGGAAGCAGAGCCACAUCCCCUUCCGGGACAGCAAGCUCACCAAGCUGCUGGCGGACUCGCUGGGGGGACACGGGGUCACCCUCAUGGUGGCCUGCGUGUCCCCUUCAGUCCAGUGCCUUCCCGAGACUCUGAGCACCCUGCGAUAUGCAAGCCGAGCUCAGCGGGUCACCACUCGGCCACAGGCCCCCAAGUCACCUAUGGCAAAGCAACCCCAGCGUUUGGAGAUGGAGAUACGGCAGCUCCGGGAGGAGAACCGCUGCCUGCGGUCCCAACUGGGCCAAGUACACCCCAAGGCCUCAGGGCUCAGUGGGGCCCGGGUGGCCUGGGCCCAGCGGAACCUCUAUGGGAUGCUGCAGGAGUUCAUGCUGGAGAAUGAGAGGCUCCGGAAAGAAAAGAGCCAGCUGCAGAGUAGCCGGGACCAGGCCCGGGAUGAGCAGCGGGUCCUGGCCCAGCAGGUGCACGAGUUGGAGCGGCGCCUCCUCUGUGCCUGCUCCCUUCACCUGCCAAACCCCGGCCCAGCCCCACCGUGUCCCUGUGUGAUGGCACCAGCUCGCCCCUGCCACGCCCUGCCGCCCCUCUGCUCCUGCCCCUGCUGUCACCUGUGCCCCUUGUGCCGAGCACCGUUGGCCCACCGGGCCUGCCCACACAGGGGGCUCCAGCUGCCGCAGGUGUUUGGCCCUAAGACCCCGGGUGGCCUGGCUCUGUCUGCCCAGCCCCCACCCUGGGCACCCCCAUGCAAUCCUGACUCUGCCGAGUUCCCGAGAGAGAGGAGUCAUAGCGACUGGACUAGGACCCGAGUCCUGGCGGAGAUGUUGAUGCGAGAGGAGGUGGUGCCCUCUGCGCCGCCCCUGCCCAUGGGGCCUCCAGACGCGUCACCGGUGCUGAGAGGUGAAGGAGAGAGAGAGGGCGGGGCCCCUAGGGUUUUUGGUGGUCUCGGGCCAGAACUCACCCUGUCCAGACCUCAGUCUCCCCCCUUCUGGAACAGGGUGUGUGCUGCGAGGCGAUCCCUAAGAUCCUUACAGUUUCCAAACUGGAGUUCUCUUCCCAGGGCCACCUGGUUGUCCACACGCGUGCAGGAGCCCGUGGUGUUGGUCGAGGGGGAGGGGGACCGCCUGAGGCUUCCUCAAAGGGUGUUAGGGCACUGAGGGGUCUGGGUGGGGCGGGCCCGGGGGAG